AUGAUUUUAAAAAUCUAAUGUCGAUUGUUGUACUGGCUUUCCAAAAAAACAUCCAUACGAAAAUAUCAAAAAACCUUUUUAAAAAAACAAGAAAAGUUUCAAAAUGUCUGAGAGUAACGCUACUGUGAAACACGUCAUCGGUUGUCCCGAUCGAGCCUCCAUGGAGCGCUUCAAGUGGUCGAUGGUGUUGCCUUCUGUGGAACCCCGACCCCGUGAAUUUUCGAUGGAAACUGCUGAGGAUUGGGAUGCCGAGUCGCCAACUCCGACUUGCAAUCCAAACAGUCACUGCGAGAGGAAUAUGGUCAUCCGCAAUCUACAAGGAGCUCCGCCUGCAGCUCGUCGAGAAUUUCGCGAACGCCAGCGCAAACGAUUCAAGGAACAGAAUCAGUUCUAGAUGUGCUACGUUAGGUCCAGGAUCAAGCUUACGGACAGUAAAAUAAUGAGCAAAGCCCCAAAAGAUCUUUGAAAUUACAUUUUUUAUUACAAGCCCCUUUUUAAUAAUAUCCAUUUACUGUCAAAGGUAACAAGCCUCUUAUCUAAAGUGCU